UUGGAACAGCUUAGAGCGGUUGGAGUUUGAAGUUUAGAAGAUAGCGACAACUUCGUGCUGCACAGCUGCAGUGUCGUUGCUCGUAUCAUACGCUGGCGAGUGAAGAAUAAAAAAAGGCAGUCAAAAUGAAAUAUAUCGGGAACAAAAAAUCAGGGAAAGAUUUGCAGUACCGAAAUAUAAACGAAUUUUAUGCAAUUAAUCCGCGGAGAGAUAUAAGCACUCGUUGGUACGUCCUGGGAUUCUUUGUUAUCCUUUUCACUUUCUAUCUAUUCGCCUUAAGCCUACAGCGAGUCGAGGAUGUAAUAGUAAUCCAAUUGAAUACGAGACCACUCGUACUCAGAGAUACUUCGACUAGAUAUUUAUCCUAUGGAUUGGAUACGUCCUUGUUAAGAAACAUGAAAAAAUUACCAAUCAAUGAUCAAAGAUUCGUCAUGUUAGCACGUCAUUUGAGCCCAGCUUACGUCAGAGUGGGCGGUACUUCAUCCGAUUGCUUGUUCUUUGAUCAGACGCUACCAUCGACUGUGGACAAAAUUUUUGAUCCAAUCACCGGAGAGGAUAUCACAAAUUUCACAAUAACUGACAAAGAUUUCUUAUCUCUGAGCCGUUUUGCUCAAGAAAGUGGAGCCAGGAUGAUAUUCGAUUUAAAUGUUUUACUCCGACGGCCCGACGGCAGUUGGAAUUACUCAGAUGCCAAGAAGAUAAUUUCACUCGCCAAGGCGCACAAUAUUGAAUUGGAUUGGCAGUUGGGAAAUGAGCCAAACUCGUUCCGCCAUGUAUUUAACAGAACCGUUACAGCUAGCCAAUUAGCAUCGGAUUACACGGUCCUCAGAAAGCUUCUGGAUGACAACGGAUACGAAUCUAGUAAUCUGAUCGGACCUGAAGUUAAUCACAUAGGAGAUGCGAAUCACCAGGGUGAACUGUACGGCGCAGAGUUCUUGAAGCGUGCUAAUAACAGUUUGACUUACUUCUCCUGGCAUCAGUACUACUUGAAUGGUCACAUAGCGACAGUUGAAGACUUUAUCAAUCCAAACACCUUCAAUUAUUUAGUAAACCAAAUACAUUCGCUAUCAGACUUCAUCGGGGACUACGAUAUUCGCGUUUGGCUUUCUGAAACAAGCUCGGCUUGGGGAAGCGGUGCGCCGAACUUGUCCGACAGAUUUGUGGCUGGUUUUUUGUGGCUCGAUAAGCUUGGAUAUAGCGCCUGGGCUGGAGUUGACGUUGUUACAAGACAGUCAUUUUUUGGCGGUCAUUACGCGCUUGUAGCACCCGACUUGACUCCAAAUCCAGAUUGGUGGGUCAGCGUCAUCUACAAACAGUUUGUAUCUGAAAGGGUUUUGGGUCCGCCCCAUGUGAACAAUAAGACAUUAAGACUGUACCGGCACUGUACGGCAAGAAGUGCUCUUAUCAAUAGAGUACCCACCAUAACUGAAUAUGGUAUCCAGCUGAGUAAUAAACCAAUGAAACUUGCUAUUAGAAUGAGUAAUCCAGCGGCAAUGAAAUCACUGAAAUUCUAUCUGUAUAUUUUGACAGCGGAUCACUUACAAUCGAGGUUCAUAAAAAUGAAUAACCAAACGUUGAUGCUGCAACCGGAUGGCAAAUUACCACCCUUCAAUCCAGUAAUAGUAGAUCCAGGCGAAGACAUAGAACUUCCUUCUUACUCUAUGUAUUUUCUCAUUUACCAUGGUUUGCCGAUACCUGCAUGCGAAGCUUAGAUGAUAGUGACGAUUCCUUGCACAAAGUAGGUGUGUACGUAAGAAUAUAUCUCACCAAAUUUGAGGUGAUGGUUUAAGACUGAUAUUGACCUGCCGUCUUUGUCUCUUGAUACGGCGUGCAGUAAAAUCCGAAGGUCUAUACAAACUUUAAACUCGUAGAAAAUAUUGUUUACAAGAAGUACGUGAAUUAAUUUUCGAGUAUUUGAACAUCGCCGUCGAUUUGAGCAAAUCGCAAAAGUCAAUUCAUAUGUUUCUCGUAAACAGUAGGUGAUGAGACUUUUGAACUUCCGCAAUCGAUUCAUAUAUUUAUAUAUGUGUGUAUUUUUUUUUUUUUUUUAUACUUUUCUAUUAUCGUACGUAAAGAUCUGAACAAGAUUUUCUUACUGAGAAAUAAAAUUGGUCCAAUAAUUAAAGGUCUACACCGUUAAUUUAUUCAUUGAUAUCGGACAAUCGACAGUAUGCGUAUACAAUAUAGGGGAAAUUUAUUUUCACACUUAAUAGCGUAAAAUAUAAUUCUAGGUGUGACGAUGGAAUGAAUGUUGAUACCAGUAUAUAUAAUAUGACUAUAAUAUGGCAGUUGCCAAAUAAAUUCUAUUAGAUAAGUAAUCAAGAAAACGACUUUAUACAUAUUUUUGGGACACUUGGAUUUGACUAAUGACUUAACAGUCACAGCGUCGCAUCUUUUUACAUAUUUAUGCCCUGAACUGUUGGUUGAAAGCUAUAAACAUGUCGAGUUCUGAUAUCGAACAAGACAGCGAAAUGAAAUAACUUAUUUACCAUUAUGUAUUAUCUCUUAUUAUCUGGCGGAACAAAGUUCUCCAUUUCAUCUAAGAACCGCCACCACAAUUAACUUACUAUUUUAUUCAACAAAUUUCGCACAAGGAUGAGGGAAAUUAUGGAGUUGGUACUAGGCUAUGCUGACACUUUGGCACCGUUGUACCAAAAAACUCUAGCAUCGAUGCGUUACAUUUCUAAAUUACUUUAUAUGUAGGAUCAAUUCAUGUACAUUAUUUAUGCGAAUUUAUCUUUACGGAACUGAAGAUUACUACUAAACUAUACAUCCGAAUGGCGCAAUCUUUAGGUUUUAUUUUUAGAUUUUCAACCCUGGCGUUGAGUAGAAAGUAGUCGAAGACAAUCAAUCCUGUAAGUAUCAUUUCUUUCGUCCAAGAAUAUCUGGUUUUGAGUUAAUUUGCGUCAAUAUUGGUAGGAAGAAAAGUUUAUUAUCAAAAAAAUUCUAUCGCAGUCUAUUAAAUUAUCGAAUUAUAUACUUUUGAAUAUAUUCAACAAUAUUGAAGCAUUUUUUGUGCAGUAAAAGGUCGUCGGACGUAGAAAAAAGUUCUAGCUAAACCGAAAUUUAAAAAUAAAACUCAAGAUAUUGCCAUUGGACUAAAAAUGUACAAUAUUCGACAUACUCUUAACACCUUUCGCACGCAUAUUCUACGUCAGUGUUUGACGUCAACUUGACUAUCAAGAAAUCACCUUCUUUACAUGAGGAAAACGCUCUUUGUUUAUUGAUUUUCUGGUUCUUGAUUCGA